UGCCCCAUGGAGCUGGGAGGCGGGCGCCGCCUGCUCCAGGAGCCGUGACCCAAGUCGGAGCUGUGUGUCGCAGCCACCCCGACCCCCGCCGAUCAUGCGCCGCCGCCCCUGGCUCGCCAGUCCCACCGGGCUGUGAGCCCCCCCACUCUCGGCCAGUCAAGGCCCGCGCGCCAUGGGCAGCGCCCACCCUCGCCCCUGGCUGCGGCUCCGACCCCGGCCCCAGCCGCGGCCCGCGCUCUGGGCGCUCCUGUUCUUCCUGCUGCUGCUGGCUUCCGCUGUGCCCAGGUCAGCACCCAAUGAUAUCCUGGACCUCCACCACCCCCCGGAGCCUGUGCUGACAGCCAACACAGUGUGCCUGACACUGCCGGGUCUGAGCCGGCGGCAGAUGGAGGUGUGCGUGCGUCACCCUGACGUGGCCGCCUCUGCCAUCCAGGGCAUCCAGAUCGCCAUCCACGAGUGCCAGCACCAGUUCCGGGAUCAGCGCUGGAACUGCUCUAGCCUGGAGACUCGCAACAAGAUCCCCUACGAGAGUCCCAUCUUCAGCAGAGGUUUCCGAGAGAGUGCUUUUGCCUACGCCAUUGCAGCAGCGGGUGUGGUGCAUGCAGUUUCAAAUGCGUGUGCCCUGGGCAAAUUGCGGGCAUGCGGCUGCGAUGCAUCUCGUCGUGGGGACGAGGAGGCCUUCCGUCGGAAACUGCACCGCCUGCAGCUGGAUGCGCUGCAGCGCGGAAAGGGCCUGAGCCAUGGGGUCCCAGAACACUCAGCCUUACCCCCUGCCACUGCCAGCCCAGGCCUGCAGGACUCCUGGGAGUGGGGCGGCUGCAGCCCAGACGUGGGCUUUGGGGAGCGCUUCUCUAAAGACUUUCUGGACUCCAGGGAACCUCACAGAGACAUCCAUGCACGCAUGCGGCUCCACAACAACCGAGUGGGGAGACAGGCGGUGAUGGAGAACAUGCGGCGGAAGUGCAAGUGCCACGGCACGUCAGGCAGUUGCCAGCUCAAAACGUGCUGGCAGGUGACACCGGAGUUCCGCGCAGUGGGGGCGCUGCUGCGCAGCCGCUUCCACCGAGCCACGCUCAUCCGGCCACACAACCGCAACGGCGGCCACCUGUGCCGCUUCCACUGGUGCUGCUUCGUGGUGUGCGAGGAGUGCCGCAUCACCGAGUGGGUCAGCGUCUGCAAGUGAGCGCCCGGGCUCCCUGGGCCUUAGAAAGCCUCCCCUCCUAGAACCUCGCCCUCUUCGGCUUGCGGCUUGCGAUCUUGGCUCUGCAACAGCAACGCCUUGGCUCCUGUAAGAGGAGGUGGGACCACAAGAUCUUACCGGAACCUCCCAGCUGCGAGGUCUGCAAUCAUGGGACCGUCCAGGCCUGUCUGAACCCCAGUACUCACGUCUGUAGGCUCUUGGACUGAUCGCCCCCCCCCUCCCUGUCCCAGGCUCA